AUGCAAGACGACUAUGUCUUUCCGACAGAGAGGCUCGUCGUGCCCCGACUGGAGCCCGGCAAGCAGCCGUUGGUCUUGGUCGGCUGCGGCAGUUUCUCUCCCAUCACUUUCCUCCACUUGCGCAUGUUCGAGAUGGCGAGGGAUCACGCUCGCCUGCACAGCUGCUACGAAGUCGUCGGAGGCUACCUCAGUCCCGUCAAUGAUGCUUACAAGAAGCCCGGCCUUGUGUCCGCAGUGCACCGUGUGAGCAUGUGCGAGCUCGCCUGUCAGUCCAUGUCCGACUGGAUCAUGGUCGAUCCCUUUGAGGCCCGUCACGACACCUACCUGCCGACAGCGCGCGUGCUCGACCACUUUGAACACGAGAUCAAUACCGUCAAGGGCGGCGUGGAGAUAGAAGUUUUAGAUCCAGAGACGGGCGAGACGAGCGUAGAGCGACGGAAGGCUCGCAUCAUGCUCCUUGCCGGAUCAGAUCUCAUCCAGACCAUGUCUGAGCCGGGCGUAUGGGCCCAGCAAGAUCUGCACCACAUACUUGGCCUAUACGGCUGCUUCAUCGUAGAACGUGCCGACUCGGAGAUCGACCAGGCACUCUUCAAGGACUCUUCGGUUCACUCCCGUAACGCGCUGGCGCUCUAUCGGCGGAACAUCUUCAUGGUCCAACAGCUCGUCCGCAACGACGUCUCGUCCACCAAAGUCAGGCUAUUCAUCAAACGCGGCAUGAGCGUCAGGUAUCUACUUCCCAACACGGUCAUCGACUACAUCAGGCAAAACGGCCUGUACAGCUCCGAUCGAGCUCCCUCGAGCGAGCCCGCCAGCCGACCGACGACGAGCUCGUCAACGCCUGACUCGCUACAAAAGGCUCGCAGGUAA